UACUUGCAGAAAAAGAACACACACAAAACCCGAGUUCAUAGACCCGCGACGCGUCCGAGUUCCAGACUUCCAGUUGGGGUUGUCGCCGUCGUCGUCGGUCAUUUCGCUCGUAAUUUUGUCUCAAUUUUGUUGUGCGUGCGGCCGUCGAUUGAGAGGUCGGGUGGAGUUGUGGCGUCUGAUUAGUGGUUUUUUCUUAUUGGAUCAGCCGUGAAUGAGCGGAGCUGAUUUGGAUUUCGGAAGCUGAGUUGAUUGUUUGAUGAUCCUGUUGUCUCUCAAGGCUGACUGAUUGUAGGGUGAUGGGGAUCUCAUUGUCGAAUACACUUGUAAAAAGUAUCACCAGUCUUCUACAAUUAUCGUCGUGUGAAGGCAUAACUUAUGAUCCAGCCUGGAAAUAUUAUGAGAAGGUUGAAGAGAUGCUUAAGUUUUUGAAGCAGAUUCUGGAUGCCAUUGUUCACUAUGAAUUUUCUUCGAAUGAAAGCCUUGAGAAAGAAUUCAAGGGGCUCUGCCAAUCAGUUGAUGAAUUGAGGGAAAUAUUUGAAAACUGGCAACCUCUAAUGAGUAAAGUUUACUUUGUUUUACAAGUUGAAUCACUUACGGAGAAGGUUCAAGCUCAAGCUUUGCAAAUUAUUGAGCUAAUUAGCUCCUCAGAUGACUGCAUCCCGGCAGAAAUGGACAAUUCAUCACUGGAGCAAUGUGCAGCGAAGAUUAAGCAUAUGGGAUUGGAAGAAACAUCAUCUAUUAUUAUGGAAGCUGUGAAGGACCAUACAGAGGGUUCUGGAGCCAGCUCAGAGAGCUUGGCUAAGAUUGCCGAUAGACUGAGCUUGAAAUCAAAUCAGGAACUUUUGAUCGAAGCUGUUGCACUUGAGAAGCUUAAAGAAAAUGCCGAACAGGCUGAAAAGAUUGCCGAGAUCGAGUUCUUAGAACAAAUGAUUUCUCUAGUCACACAUAUGCAUGAUCUCCUUGUUAUAAUGAAGCAGUCCCAAGCCUGCAAUCCCGUCCCGAUUCCUCCGGAUUUUUGCUGUCCUCUUUCGCUCGAGCUCAUGACAGAUCCUGUUAUUGUGGCAUCCGGGCAAACGUAUGAACGGGCCUUCAUAAAGGAGUGGAUAGAUCUUGGCUACACUGUUUGUCCGAAGACACGGCAACCUCUGGCUCACACGAAUCUUAUUCCAAACUACACUGUCAAGGCUCUGAUUGCGAACUGGUGUGAAUCGAACAAUGUGAAGCUGCCCGAUCCUACAAGAUCUACCAACUCAAAUCAGCCUUCGUCUCUACUUGCCAAUGCCGAGUCUGUUGGAAUUCGAAGGGUUAAUAGUUCCGGAACACCAGAACGGUCUUUAGGCUCCCCAUUAAGAAGCUCAAUUCCAUCUGUGGCAGCACAGAGGCAGAGAACAUCUCCGUCCCAUCCUCGUUCAUUGUCGGAAGAAUCUUUGACACAGGCUGCCAUGAACGGAAAUGUUAUGGACACAGAAAGGGUGUCACCGAGAAGUUCUGAAGACAGGUCGGAUCACUCAGGAGAGAGAAAUUUGAGACUCAGUGGUUCACUCUUGACUUCCCCAUCCCGAAACGGUGUUGUCGGUUCUGAUGAACGGUUAUCACAAAGCCACAACCGAACCAAUUCUGCCUCCAGCACUCAUUCGAAUCUGUCGCAAGGAACAGCAGCAGACAGCCAUGAACGGGCAUCUCAAGCCGAUCCCUAUGUCAGCGAUGCCUCGGGGGAGCUUGCCCCUGAGCCGCAACCCCCUGCCAAUCCCGGCGUCACACAUAGAGAGCCUGAUUUCCCGUAUAGGCUCGAUCCAAGAGCUCGGGGAAAUUCAUUUUGGCGGAGGUCGUCGGGAUUUGCUCCAAGAAUAGUUUCUUCUCCUACUGUCGAAAUGAGGGCUGAGCUUCUAGAAGUUGAAAGCCAAGUUAAACAGCUGGUCGAGGACCUUAAGAGCAAUUCGUUCGAAGUGCAGAGAAAGGCUGCAUAUGAAAUCAGGCUGCUAGCGAAGCAUAACAUGGACAACCGCAUAAUAAUUGCGAAUUGUGGGGCUGUUAGCCUGUUGGUUAAUCUUCUCCGCUCGACAGAUCCGAUAGUACAGGAGAAUUCCGUUACUGGACUUCUCAACCUAUCGAUCAACGACAACAACAAAAACGCCAUUGCGAAUGCCGAGGCUAUCGAUCCUUUGAUUCAUGUGCUCGAGACGGGAAGCCCUGAAGCACGGGAGAAUGCUGCAGCUACUCUAUUCAGUCUUUCGGUGAUCGAAGAGAAUAAAAUCAAGAUCGGCAGGUCGGGCGCAAUUAAGCCUUUGGUCGAUUUAUUGGGGAACGGAACUCCUAGAGGCAAAAAAGACGCUGCUACGGCUUUAUUCAAUCUGUCAAUUAAUCACGAGAAUAAGGCACGGAUUGUGCAGGCAGGUGCUGUGAAGCACCUGGUUGAGUUAAUGGACCCUGCUUUUGGUAUGGUCGACAAGGCAGUUGCCGUAUUAUCGAAUCUUUCCACUAUUCAUGAGGGCCGUGUGGCGAUUGGACAAGAAGGAGGAAUCCCUGUCCUGGUUGAGGUUGUGGAACUCGGGUCGGGAAGGGGUAAGGAGAACGCUGCGGCUGCCCUUCUGCAGCUGUGUACUAAUAGCAAUCGAUAUUGCCAUAUAGUCCUUCAGGAAGGUGCAGUUCCUCCUCUAGUGGCAUUGUCCCAGUCAGGCACCCCAAGAGCCCGAGAAAAGGCUCAGCAAUUGCUUGGAUACUUCAGAAACCAACGCCACGGAAAUAAUGGUAGGGGUUGAUAUGUGUUUCUUGCUUGCUUGCUUUCUUUCUUUCAACUUUUAUUUAUGUCUUCGUAUACUGAGUUAUUUGUUGAGCUCUACUUUCUUUGUUCCUCGUGUGUAAAUUAUGUGUUGUGCCAAUAUUUGGUUUUUAUAUAAUUUGCUUCUUCAUCAGUUUCA